AGGUAUAAUGCUAUUCGUCGAUAGGCUACCUAGGUAGGCAACCAAUCAACCCCGUCCGCAAAGGUGUUGAUCCAACUUGGCUCUACCUCCUCGCUCCGCACUCCCAUCCCCUCUCCGCCUAUUUCUUUGUUGAUGUGAACCGCUUGCCCUGUUCCGCGAGAAACAACCUACCUAGUUAUCUACAGCUUGCUAGGCAACAGUUGUGUGCCUUAACCCGGACCUGUUCAGAGGCAGAGGCCUUACGAGACCAACUUCCAACCCCAGUCUAACUCCAGCAAUGCCCGCGGCCCAGGAUCACGGCGCGGGGUCGACACCCCCGACCGUCGGCACUACCACAGACCUGCCGCCGGUGCGGGCGUGCCUGUUCGACAUGGACGGGCUGCUCAUCAACACCGAGGACCUGUACACGCUAUGCAGCGACAUAGUCCUGGAGCGGCACGGGCGGCCGCGUCUGCCCUGGUCCGUCAAGGCGCGCAUGAUGGGCGUGCCCGGGUCCGCUAACGGCGACACUUUCCACGAGUGGGCACGGCUGCCUAUCUCGCGGGAGCAGUACCAGGCGGAGCAGCUCGAGCAGCACCACAUCCACUUUCCGGAGUGUGAGCCGCUGCCGGGCGUUGCCGCGCUCCUCACUCAUCUCAGCGGCGACUGCCGGAACACGCGCGGACUUCCCGUCGAGAUCGGGCUCGCAUCAAGCAGUUCCCGCCUCAACUACGACAUGAAGACAUCGCGGCCGGCGACGCGCGCCGUGAUCGAGCUCAUCCCCGCCGCGCACCGCGUCCUUGGUGACGAUCCGCGGAUCCAGACCGGCCGCGGCAAGCCCGCGCCUGACAUCUACCUCGUCGCGCUGCAGUCCAUCAACGCGACGCGCCCCGAGGGCACUGCCGAGAUCGCGCCCGAGGAGUGCCUCGUCUUCGAGGACAGCGUGCUCGGCGUCGAGGCGGGCCGCCGCGCCGGCAUGAGGGUCGUGUGGGUCCCGCAUCCUGGUCUCGCCGCCGAGCUCAAGGGCAAGGAGAAGGAGGUGCUUGCGGGGAGGACAGACACGCUCUCAAUUGGCGACGACGAGAAGCGCGGCGCGAUCGACGAUGGUUGGGCCGAGCAGCUACCAAGCCUCGAGAACUUCCCCUACGAGAGAUACGGCAUCGUUGCUCCAACAUAAACCUCCCCCCUUUUCUCCCCCCCCCCCCUCUUUUCGAUUCAUGCCCUCGAAAGGAAAGAAGCGAAUGCGAAACGCAUCCGGUGUUAGACGGCGGAACAUGGACACAUGGAUAAGAACUAGACAGAAACGUAUAGAGGGAUAGAUUUCAACAAUGGUUCCAAGACUCCGCCGGUAUCCGGUGGAGGACUGGCGGGGUGUAGAACUACCUAGCGACUUGGUCGCAUUAGGUGUAUCCAAUUCAACCGCAGCAUCGCCUGC